CCCGCCGGCUUUAAAAUGGCGGCGGCGGGCGGUGUUGCGGCAGAGAGCGCAGCUAUGGCGGGAGCGCGGGGGUUCCUGGCGCUGCUGGCCGCGGCCCUGCUGCUCGCCGGCGCUGUGCUGGGCGCUGAGAACCGACCGCUCCCCGUGGGGGCCCCGGUGGAUGUUGACAACGCCGACAACGACGAGGGCCUGCAGCGGGCUCUGCGUUUCGCCAUGGCGGAGUACAACAAGGCCAGCAACGACAUGUACUCCAGCAGGGUGGUGCGGGUCAUAAGCGCUAAGAGGCAGAUUGUGUCUGGAAUCAAGUACAUAAUGAAAGUUGAGAUUGGCCGGACAACUUGUCCAAAGCCAGCAGCUGAUCUCCAGAGCUGUGCUUUCCACGACGCCCCGCAGAUGGCUAAGCACACCGUUUGUGACUUCGUAGUUUACACUGUUCCUUGGCUAAACCAAAUCAAACUUCUGCGCAGUAGCUGCCAGUAAGCCUACCCUUGGUUCCAGCAGAGGCCAGCAACCAGUUGCUCAGAUCUAAAAGAAAGAAAAGCAAUAACAUAAACUAAAAUGGGUUUUAUGUAUGUCUGUUAAUUACAGAUGCUUCUGCUAUGCAAGUUAAACUAUGUAACUUUCCUUUCUUUGUAAUUACAUUUUAGAGCAGCUGUUUUGGUCUUCCUACAGCUUUCCCAAUAAAGUAACUCCAACAUCAGAAUUCUAGUUAAAAAACCCUUGGCAUCACUGUUAAGUGACUAUUGUAAACAUAAAAAUUAAUAAUUGCUGUGA